AACUAUUUUGUCAAAAUAAAGCAGCAAAAAAAAAAAGAAAAAGGGCAGAGCAGCUUCGGAAUACGUAAACAGUAAAAUAUCAAUAGUGGCACGAUAUCAAUAGCGGGUGUGAUCUACCACCGGAAAGCAAGUCCGUGGCAUAUGGCCUUCAGCAACCCGGCCCUCGUCGCAAAGCGUAUCUGCGAGCGAAGGUGGGUUUCCUAUUGCCCUUCCGAGCUGUCCGGUGAAAACGUGCGAAGAUGUCGUUCAAAGAGCUGGUAGAGCCGGAAUGUGGCGGAGCGAAUCCGCUGAUGAACCUGGGCCGGCAGGUGCGGAAGGACGUGGCGCUGCAGGAUGAAGGGUUGGCCGGCGGUCGAAGCUCCUUUGCCGGUGGCGACCGUGAGCUGGUGAACGAGUUCAUGGGCCAGAUCGCACCGGUACCGCAAACCUUCCGCAUGAACGAGCUGCUUCAGGAGAUGCGGGAAAUCGAUGCCCAAAACCACCGGCAGCAGCAGAUCGUUGGUGCGGGCCGUUCGAUCGAGUUUGCGCCCGGAGAUGCCGCUUGGGCGGAUCAGUUUCGAGGCGAAAUGAUGGUGGAAAGCAAACUGUCGAGCGUUUGGUCGCAAUCCAACAUGGCACCGAUUCAGACCAAUACCGCACACCCGUUACAGCGCCCGGCCAACCAGGAGUUUCUCAAUUCGUACGAAAGAAAUCAAAUGCCCUCGGUGCGAAUGGCGGCCAAUGAAAUGAUGUACCAGUCCAUGGCGGGACAGCAAAUGAUGGGCAAUCCAAACUUACAGCAGAGUCAGUUUGUGCGAUUUAUGAACAACGUCAGUACGGGGAACGUACUAAUUAACGACGGCCAAGUGUCCAGCAGCGUGUGGGAGAACCGGUUCGAUGAACUCGAGGCAAGCUCAUCGAAGGGCAAGCAGGAGCAGCAAGAGCAAAAGGUGCAAGAGCAAGCACAGAAGCCGGAGGACGAUUGGGCCAAGGCGUUCGAGGCGGAAAAGCAGGAGCAGGACGAAGCGUCCGACUCCUACAACAAGCAGUUCUGGGAGCGCCUGCAGGACGAGUGGCGUACGCUGGCGGAGGGCGAGGGCAAGCAUCCGUGGCUGUCCGAGUUUAACGACUUUUACGAUCCCUUCAAGGAGUACAAGUUCGACGAGGAAAAUCCGAUGGCGGACGUGGAGAAUGCGUUCGAGAAGGGGAAAGCCUUCCUGGCGCAGGGUGACAUCCCGAGCGCCGUCCUGUGCUUCGAGUCGGCCGUCAAGCAGGAUCCCGAGAAUCCGGAAAUCUGGGAACAGCUCGGCUUUGCGCAGGCGGAAAACGAAAAGGACCCGAACGCGAUUGCCGCGUUCAACAAGGCGCUUUCCUUCAAUCCCAACAACAUGCCCGUGCUGAUGGCGCUGGCCAUUUCGUACACGAACGAGGUGCUCCAAAACCAAGCGCUCCGGAUGCUGAUACGCUGGAUGAAGUGCAAUCCGAAGUACGAGCAGCUGGUGCCGCCGGAAAUGCUGCAGGCGCAGGAGUCACCCGUGGCCAGCUCGUUCAUGGGCGGGCCGAAGCUGCAGGACGUGCAGGAGCUGUUCAUCAAGGCGGUGCAGCAGUCGCCAACGGAGAUCGACGCGGACAUACAGGAAGCGCUGGGCGUGCUGUUCAAUCUGUCCUCCGAGUACGACAAGGCGGUCGACUGCUUCCAGGCCGUGCUGCAGGUACGGCCGGACAGCUCGAAAGCCUGGAACCGGCUCGGUGCUAGCUUAGCCAACGGUAAUCGUUCGCUGGAAGCGGUCACCGCUUACCAGCGGGCGCUCGACAUCCAGCCCGGGUUUAUCCGCGCACGGUUCAACGUAGGCAUUAUUUGCGUCAAUCUGAAGGCGUACAAGGAAGCGGCCGAGCAUCUGCUGACGGCCCUGAACCUCCAGGCUACCUCGGCGACCCGGUCCGGGUUGAAGGUUAACUCAAUGUCGCAGCAGAUGUCGAGCGCGAUCUGGACGCUGCUGCGCAUGGUGCUGUCGCUGAUGAGCCGGCAGGACCUGCAUACUGCCAUCGACAACCGCGACCUGGAGGUGCUGAACCGCGAGUUUCCAAUGAGCAACGACUAACAAUGGACGGGUAACUGCGGUCGCGGGUACCGAUUACUGGGCGCGAAACGUAGUUUAGCGUAAAACGGUUGAUAUUUAGAGGUGCGCACCUUGGGCAGCUUGCGCCUGCUGGCCGGCUUGCGGGUGAAGGGGUUUAAGGGUGAAACUAGCAUAAGGGCACAAUUCGACGCAGGGAUAGCGAACUUUGGGUAGCGAGCAAAAGCAAAAGCGUUUUUUUUAAUUUGUGGUUUUUAAGGAGGGGUUUUCUUUGUUUUUUAUUUUGUUUUGCGUUGUUCUAGCAGAAUUUAGAAGACAAAAAUCGAAAAUGCAGCAAAAGUGUUAACCUCGUACAAACGUGAACAUCGUAGGAAAGGGAAGGGGGAUUUGUUAUAAACGUACCUAAGCAUAAAAAAGUGCAUUCGAGAGAAAAAAGAGUAUGGGAGUUAAAAAUUACAAACGAGUGAUAACACAUACACGCUAAAGCGUCGACGGAAUAAUGUCGCAAACUAUAACAACUAGAUAAAUAUAUAAAAAGCAGGUAAAAUAUCUGGUUGAGCAAU